AACAACGACCGUAUUGGACUUUGUUGAAAUUGUCCAAGAUGCAAUCUGGAAUAGCAGCUUCGGAGGAGCUCCAGGCCCAAUUUGGGAGCCUCCUGUCAUCGUCAUCAACAUUUGCCCUUCUUGUCGGCAUCGAGAAGGAAUCGCUGGUGCCUCUACAGACAGUAGCAGCCAAGUCGUCCUUUGCCGACAGUCUCUCUGCGCUCCAUGAACACAUCAAGUCAAACGUGGCAGCAUACGUGCUUAUGCGCCGAUAUGACGAGUCCCCGAAGAUGGUUGCCGUUACAUACGUGCCAGACGCCGCACCGGUCCGACAGAAGAUGCUCUUCGCCUCGACUAGGCUUACUCUUGUGCGAGAUCUCGGCCUAGAGCACUUCCGAGAGACGAUCUAUUUUACCAUUGCGAACGAGUUUAGCGAAGAAGGAUUCAAGAAACACGAUGCGCAUACUGAGUUGGAGGCUCCGCUCACAGCCGAAGAACGCACCCUGUCCGAAGUCAAGGCGGCCGAGCUAGCAGCCAGCACAGGCACAGGUACCCGCGAAAUUCACCUCAGCAAGAGUCUGGCCAUGCCUGUUAAGGAAGAUGCCAUUGCGGCCAUGAAGGAUGUUGGCAGCGGCAGCCGCGUUGUGACGAUGCUGAAAAUCAACUCCGACACCGAGACUGUUGAGCUCGUCCCCGAGUCGCCCCGACCCAGCUCCAUUACUGAGCUCACGGGGGUAAUCUCCUCGACUGAGCCCCGGUUUACCUUUUACCGAUUCACACACACCCACAAUGGACAGGAACAAAGUCCCUUGCUCUUCUUUUAUACCUGCCCGGUUACACCUGGUAACAAGGCCAUCAAGAACCGCAUGCUCUAUCCCUUGAUGAAGCGCGCCGUGUUGACGGUCGCCGAACAAGAAGCCGGCUUGACUAUUGACAAGAGGUUUGAGGUGGAAGAGCCUUCGGAGAUUACAGAGGAGUCUGUACUGGAGGAUUUGCAUCCCAAGGCGGCUGUAAGGCAAGGAUUCAGCCGUCCUAAGCGUCCUGGUAGGUAAAGGUGAAGGCUAGUUCGAGCUAGACUAGGCCCAUGGAAGCAAAUGCCGAAAAAGUAGCAUAGCAUAUGAGCAUGACUUGAAAAACGCCAGUCAAUGAUAAAGCGUCUUGAUUUCCGUGACUCUUAUGGCCUUCGGGCUCUACCAUAAACGCCGGUGACCUACUUUUAAGUUGGCUGAACUAUUGCUCUGCAUUUAGGUUCCGACAAUGUGGGCCAAAGGCCGUUUCGUGCCGAGGUCCGCUAACGGAGGUCACUGUGUGGUCAUAGUAGAUGGUAGCUUUAAUCCUUUUUUUGAUUUUCUAAAAUGGUAAAAAGGUUUCAUAAAAAAGCAAGCAUGAGAAAAUAUGACUGCUAGUCGCGGAUAUACAAAAAAAAAAGAAGACAUGAUGAUAUAUAGCCAGAAUGGAAGAGGAAAAGAAGAAGAAGCCCAAAGAAAAUAGAGAACCCGUUAUGCUCCUAGCAAACGAAACGCGCCAAAAGGAAAGUCUAUUGGUGACGAAUACUUUUUUCUUUUUUUGCAAGACCGAGGGGAAGCGAAUGCGAUGUGUUCUAGGGUCGAUUACUCUUCGUAUUUGCCGCCGACAAAGGCAAAGUUGCUCUUCUCGAGGCGCUCCUUGAGGAACUCGUAGACGGUGAAGGUGACGGCCUGACCGGGGGCGACACGCAUGAUUCUAGGGGUGAUGCCCUUGUAGAAAGCGUGAACACCUUCUUGCCUGCAAAAGAAAAAAGCGAGAAAUGUUAGUAAAAGUUCGAAGCGGAGACCUGGUGGUCAAUUGGAGGGUUAAAAACGUACUUGAACAUGUCCUUUGCAAUACGGGCUAUUCUGGACCAGGCAGUCUCGCCGGGCUGGGCAGGGCUCUUUUGCAGACGAGUCUUGAUGGUAUCGAUGGGGGCGUUGCUCAGAGGGCCCAUGGCACCAGAGACAAGACCAAUAAAGGUAGUCUGCCAGCUGGGCAGAGGGGCGUUUGCGUACUCGGGCUGCCACUCCUUGAGCCACUCCUUGAAGUAGGAGUAGGCGGUAAAGUUGACGGCCUGGUUCGAGCCCUGGCGGAGAGCAGUGAGGGAGACACCGCGGUAGAGGGCGCCGAAGCCCUCCUCCUUGACGACGGUGUAGAGCGCGUGCGCGGCGUUGCGGUACUUGGGAAUGUCCAUUGGGUCGGCCAUGGAGUGGUGCUGGGCUUGCAGACGGAUCUUGAUGACUUCCAUGGGGGUGACGACGGCAACGGCCUCGGUGACACCGGCCGCGAGACCGGCAAUGAAGAUGCCCUUGCCGGUGAUGUCGCCGGUGGUCUUGUCGGCCAGCAUCUGCUUGUACCACUCGAAAGAGGUGAAGCGGAUGGCCAUUUUGGGGACAAUACCCGUCAGGACGGCGCCGAGGCCCUUGUACAGAGCGAGCGGCGUCUCCUUCUUGACGAGCUCAACACCGGUCUUGAUGAAGCCGCGGCGGGGUGCGCCGGGCUGGCGCGCACGGCGCGAGAGCUGCAUUCGUACCUUGAUUGUGUCUGUGUUUUGUGCCAAUGUUAGCGAACCGAGCCUAUUUUUCUUUGAUCUUUGCUUGCUGAUUGCGCAGCUACACGCGGGGUUUAUUCCUCACGCGCGCAGACAGCAACAGUAGCAGCAAAGGGCAGACAGAGAGCGAGCGCGAGAAAACGUACCGAGGGGAUGGCAAGCAAGAGCUUCCAUCAUACCAGCACCACCGCCGGCAAUUAGGUUGACGGCCGGCGUGGGCGGCUUUCUCUUCUCGCCGUCGCGUGCAGGCAUUGUGAAGACGUUGGAAAAGAAAGAAGGAGGGGAUUAGCCGAGGGCGGGAGGGAGGGAAAGGAGAACGGCGUGCGGAGCGCUGCAAUUGAGAAGCCGGAACAGCAGCAAGCAAGGAAAGACGAGAAGCAGAAAAGAGUCAGAGAGAGAGGGGAAGAGGGGAGGGGGCUGCCGAUUUAUGGCGCGCUCGUGACUGGCGGACAGCAGAGCAGCAGGGUUGGGUGAGUUUUGGCGAUGUUGUUCGGUUUUGGAGUUUGGGGUAAUUGGGUGGACGGCGGCGGGGAGGACCGGAGCAGCGGGCGGGCGUUCGGUAGAGAGUCACGAGCAGAAGAAGCAGCCACCAAGAAAGAAGAAGAGCGAAGAUGUUGGUGAUGUCGAAAGAUGGAGGAGAAGAAGAUGAGCUCCGACCACUGCAACAGAAAAAAAAAUAUUAAUUACAGCGCAGCAGCAGCAUCAGUCAUCCAUCGCAUCAGCUCACCAAAAAAAAAAAAGAGACAGACAGCAG